AUGCCGCCUCGCACCCGCGCCGAUGACAAAGCCUCACGCAGCGGCCACAUACGCGCUCACAUGCCUGUCCGCAAGCGAGGGCCAUCGAAUGCAGGCGACCAGGCAAGCAAAUGCCAGAAGAAACACCAAACCGACCCCGAGUCCAAUGAGCCAGCACAGCCCGACACGGUGACGAGAGGGACGAAGGUGGGGAAGAAAGGAGGGGGGAAGGCUAAGAAAGGGAAGAAACCAAGGAAAACGAGUGCCCAAAAAGUGGCAGAGGAUGCCAAGCAGCCCUCUCCCGCCAAACUAACCCCGGCCGAGCGGAAGCUCAUUGAGAGCGGAAUGGCCACUGCCCCCCUGGAACGUAUCCGGGAUGCCAGUGCAUCCCACAUGCCGCCCCCGCCUGCUAUCGUUAGCGCCAGGCAGUGUCGUCCUGACGACGCUGCCCCUGCAAAGGAGCCACGCAUGGGCCAUGAUGAUAACGUGGAUGACGAUGACGAUAACGGGGACAACCACAACAACGGGGACAACGCCAACGCCAACCUCAGCAGCAGUGACACCAGCAGCAGCAACACCAGCAACACCAACACCGCCAACACCGCCAACGACACGAUCACCCAUGCCCAUGCCAACGUCGCCCACGCCAAUGUCGACACCAACGUCAAUGCCAACGUCCCCCACGCCAACGUUGCCCAUGCCAACGUUGCCCAUGCCAACGUCGCACACGCCAACGUCAACGCCAACAUCCCCCACGCCAAUGUCACCAAUGACGAUGCCGCCAACACCGAUGCCUAUGCCAGUCUGGACCCGGCAACCCCUCAAUGUGUCCAUGUCCGUGUGAACCCAGCAACCCCUCAACGUGUCCGAGGCAGUGAAACUUUGACCACUGACCUGGGAACUAAGCUGGUUAUGACGGAUGGGCUUGAUCCUCUUCGUGAUCAAGACAUUGAUAUGGAUGUUGAAGGGAGCCCACCAGCUCUAGGCUCUUCACGUAUGAUGGGGGGUAUUUUCCGUGGAAAGGCAUUGGGAAAUGCCUUAAAUCAUGCAGAUUUCCCCAGACUAGACUCGGGUGAUGCUUUCUUUGCAGGAAGUGCUCAAGUGAACUACAAAGUAUUUGCUUAUCUGGUAUAUAGUGACCCAGUCAAACUGAGUGUCAUUCCUGAUCCCUCUCUUCCUGCCAACACAAUCUUUUGUGUCUUAACUGUUCCUCCUCUUGAAUCUGCAGUUGUUCUAAAGAAAGUUGCUAAUCGGCUUGAGAGUGUCAAAGAGGGUCAUGUUUUUGUGCAAUCAAACCUGUCUGGCACUUGGCAGUGGAAUUUAUUAGGUCGCUAUGAGCAUGCUUUGGCAGAUAAUGAAAGUCUUGAAUCCAAUGAAAGUGACAAAUGUCACAUUCUAUUUUGUCUUCCAAUCAGCUAUUCCUUUUCUACAGGUUCUUCUUACCCCCCUUCGACUCAUGUUUCUGGUCCAUCGUCUCACUAUGCUUCAUCUGAAUCUCGGUCUGAGUCUAUGUCUCGUUAUGCAUUUUCUGAGUCUCAUUCUCGUUCUCGUCCUGAUACUCCUAUGGAUGUCUCUGUACCAUCUGGCUCUAAAUGUAGUAUUGAUGAGAAUCUGCUUGGUAGACUCAAAACAGCUGGGCUGACAAUCAAUGAGUCACUUUGCUAUGAUACAAACCCCACUCUCCAAGUUAUGUAUCGAUGCUACACCCACAUCUUUGAGCUUCAGGGACAAAUCAAUGAUAUGGUUGCUGAACGCAAAUGGCAGACUAAGUUUGGAAAGUAUCCAAACAAAACUGAAGUUAUUGGGCUUUUUGUGGCAAAGACAACCUGGCAUGAUUCCUAUGCCAAAGUCUUCCCACUGGUGGAGGGUUAUGAACACAUGGUAGCCUGGUUGGAGGGUGAUCCUGAUGCCAAAUCAGAUCUUGAUCUUUGGGGUGUGACAAAGUCUAAAUACUCUAUCACGGACUUGGUAGAAUGGCUCAAGAAGCAGAAAGGCAAGAAAGUAGCCAAGUCAGUGACGAAAUCCACUGCCAAAUAUGCAAAGGGUCUAAAGGAGAAGGAAAAGACUCAAGGGUCUGGGUCAGGGGCUGGGGCUGGCAAAGGAAAUCAGAAAGGAGUGAAGCAGAAAGAAGUAGAGUCUGAGCAGGCUGAUAAUAGGAAGAAGAGUCAUAAGAAGAAGAAGGUCACUGCUAGUGGCCCCUUUAUGAUCCUGCUGUUUUUGUGCCCUGGUGCCAAUGCUAUGCAAAAUCAACAAGCAUUUCCAGAUGUUUCAUUCAAAGUGUUCAAUGAAUUUAUUGCACAAAACUUCAGCUCAAAAAUCACACUUGCAACUGUGUUGAUGCUAUUGUUUACUAUGGUCGAAAAUACAGAUUUAUUGAACUUGCACCGACGCCAGCAAAAUCCCCAACUUUCAGAUGAAAACCGGGUUCAUUUGGGCUCAUGGAUAAAAUCACUGGCUCAUGAGGUCAAAAAGCAGACUCCAAAACCAAAACUCAAAACUUUGUUCAAACGCUCAGAAAAUUGGAUGUCAAUGCCUGAAAAUCAAAUUAUAACCAACAUUGGAACAAAACUUAACGACUUUGCUGAUUUAUUGACUCUCAAUUCCUAUGGGAAUCCUAAUGAGCUUGCCACAACAACUCUUAUUAAAGGUUCUGAAAUUUUUAAAGAGGUUGUUGUUCUGAAUGGAAAAUGUUCUAAUUGCAAAACUCACUAUUUCGCUGAUCAUGAAAAUUAUCCUCAAGUCAGAGGUCCUCGGAGACGGGUAUACCUCAAUGAUGCAAAAUAUCUGAAACUUGGAAAAUCUCUAUAUGUUGACAGGCCAUUUUCAAAUGCUGUUGUUAAUGGAACAUACAGCUUUCAUGCAUCAGUUGCAGCUUAUGCUGAAUUCUGGACCAACAGCUAUGGAAAACAAGAGUCAUUUAAAAUUGAAAGGCAUCAGAUUUGGCAGGCAUUUGUUCAUGAAACAGUUCGUACCAUUGCUCAAGCUUCAGGGGUCAUGUUUGAAACCAAUGAUAAUCCAUCAAUUGAUGAUCUCACUCAUGAUGCAUUUGCUAUUCUUGGUGAAGGUGGUGCUAUGAGGCUGUCUGACAAACAUACUUGCUCUGAGUGUACUCAAGAACGCAAGGCAGUUGCAGAUUUUCUACCUGUUGCCAAUGAUGCAGCAGCUGUCCUUGGUGUUGAUGAAAAUCAAGCUGUACCUCAAUUAGAUGCUGCAGCUGCUGAUGAACUCCAGAAUUUAGCAGGACCAGAUGACCCAAUGGAUGUCGAUAUUGCAAACCAACCAGCCAUGGUGAACAUGGUUGUAAUGGAUGGCAUUGUUAUGGGACCAACUCACUACAGUCUCGAACAAAGUCAAGUUUGGCUGGAGUACGACGAAUGCUAA